AUGGGCAAUAUUGAAAAUUUCAGUUGUGUUCUUGGCCUCUCCAAGUGCCCUUCCAUUCAGGGAAAAGUGUUGUUAGCUCAGCCCAGGGACACUGGUUUUUCAUUUAGCCACGAUAUCAAUAGUCAUUUGGCCAGACUCUCCAUUGCUGGAAACACGAUCCCUAUUCCCGACCCUGCUGUUGAGGCUUUCUGUGCCCCGGAUAACUUGAAUGCCAGUGUUGCAAAUCAGGGCCAGAUUAAGAUGUACAUCAACGAAGUGUGUCGGGAGACUGUGCCACUUUGCUGCAACUCAUUUCUGCAGCAGGCCGGAUUAAAUUUGUUAAUAAUCAUGACAGUUAUUAAUAACAUGCUUGCCAAGUCCGUUUCAGGCUUGAAGUUUCCUUUGAUACCAGAGGGAAGUGAAUGUGCUGAGGGGCACGUUGUGAAACCCUUGAUGGGUUUGUCUGAAAAGCCAGUCUUGGCGGGGGAGUUGCUGGGAGCCCAAAUGUUGCUCUCCUUCCUGUCCCUCUUUAUCAGGAACGCAAACAGACAGCUUCUCCCAGAAAUCCCGGCCUCUUAAAUGGCCCCCUCCAACGGGAUGGGACUGAUCCACCCCGAACCAAAACCCGAUCAGUGAGCACACACUUGUGUUCUCAGUCAAAGACUCUGCAGCGGGUGCUAUUGAAGAUCCAGCCUUAGCCAAUAGCCAUAUCUCUGGGUGAAAGUUACACUUGCUAAAUCCAGGACCACUCUCUUGUUGGCCAGGCAGGGGUUCCCACAGAGCUCUGAGUAACCUCUUGGUUUUGCAGUCUGCAGGCAGUACGCAUUGUAAAUUGCUCCCUUGCAGCCUUCUUCCUGUGGUAAAGGGAUCAUUUCAGCUGUGUGGUGAAAGAACAACAUUUUCUAGCCUGACGAGGGAUGCCUUGCCUGUGGUGGUCUCCCUGUCUAAGCUGGACCAUCUUGUGGAGACCAGACCCAUGUGGGAGCUUGUGCCGAAAAUGCAUUGGUUGCUGCGUAGGUUGAAUUCUUUUUCAUUUACUCUCUUUUCUUCACGAGCCUAAGGAUGGCAAACCUAUUCAGCAAAACAUGUACACUCCCCUUCUAUGAGCUGUACUGACUCAGCCUCGUCCACCAAGUCUGCAUUUUUAUGUAUCACCAAUAAAGCUGUGUGCUUUAACUGGCAAAAA